AUGUCUAGAAGAAAUAAGUUGUCCAGAUUAUUCGUGAACAAGUUUCUAUUUUAUCGUUUAUUUCUAUUUUCUCAACGUUUACAGAAACUAGAUGAAAAUGUGCAGGGUGAUGUUUUAUUUGAAUUUAAUAUCAUUCCUCAUAACAUAUCAAAUUUUUUACAACUGUUCUCAUGUAAACAUUCGGAAGCUGAUUCAAAUGAUCAUACUUUCAACAAUUCCAAUUACCAUAGAAAAGAUGAUAAAGUACUUUCACCGCUUUUAGAUAGCUGUAUCUUUGCUAAAAUUUGUUUGUUACCAUUUUCCGAUUCGUGGAGCUUUAAUGAUUUUACACAUUGCAAAUACGAAGUUACCACUGAAAUCUUAUCUGAAUUAAAUUUCCUCAAUAAUAAUUCCACGUACAACAUAUCAGUAGUGUAUAAAGAUGUUUGGCCUGUAGACAUUUUAUUGGUUACUCAACUGAAAAGAUGUUGUAUGAUGGAGGCAAAUUCACAAAUUACUGAAACUUGGUACGCUUUGUCAUUGAAAGAUACACAUCCAUCAAAACAGAAAUAUAAUCAAAUAUUGAAGAAAAUUCCUCAUUCAAAAAAUCAAAAUGACGAUGAUUUAAGCAUUCAUUAUCGAAUAUUAUGUGAUAAUAAUUUUUAUGGUAAUUAUUGUGAAAUAUUUUGUCAAGAACAAAGUGGAAUUCAUGGACAUUAUAGAUGUGAUGAACAAACUGGUAAUCAUGUAUGUCAACAUGGUUGGACUGGUAAGACAUGUUCCGAAGCUAUCUGUGACCUUGGAUGUCUACAUGGAAAAUGUCUGCAGCCCGGUUACUGUCAUUGUGAUGCCGGUUGGUAUGGGAAAGAUUGCAGCCAAUGUCGUGUUUAUCCUGGAUGCCUCCAUGGUGGCUGUGAAGUUGAUGAUCAUAACUAUACACUUAUUCCUUUCACAUGUGAAUGUGAUCAUGGCUGGGGAGGCAUGCUAUGUGACAAAGACCUACGUUAUUGUAGUAGUCACUCGAAUGUAUGCAACAAUAACGGAAUAUGUGUAAAUAAUGAUGAAAAUAUUGGUGUUCCUUAUCAGUGCAUUUGCCCACCUGGGUUUCACGGUGAUCAUUGCGAAAUAAUUGAUUAUGACUGUAAAGUCCAUGGAUGUAAUAAUAAUGGAGAAUGUGUCGCUUCUAAUGUAGGAUCGACAACCUGUUACUGUCAACCUGGUUACUAUGGGAAUCUCUGUCAAUUUAACCAAACAACUUGCGAAGAAUUCCCGUGUCAGGCAACUGAGUCAAUAUGCAAACCACGAGAAAUGAGUGAUUUAGAUUUUUCUUCAAAUAAUCAACAGUUUAUAUGUAUCUGUCCUCCAGGAUUUGAAGGUUCCAACUGUGAAAUCAACACUAAUGAAUGCGCUGAAAAGCCAUGCAAAAAUGGUGGACUUUGCAAAGAUUAUGUGAAUAGUUAUCAGUGUAUAUGUCCGUCCGGUUAUAAUGGAGAUCAUUGUGAAAUUCAAGGAUACAAAUGCAUUACAAAGCAAUGCCCUUUUGGUUAUGAAUGUUUUACUAAUAGUACAACAUCAUUAUGUAUUUCUUCCAUUUCCCACAAGUCAACAGUUUUACACUCCUCAGAAAGUCAAGCCAAGUUUGGAAUAUCACUUGAAGAUGUACAGCCAGCUUACUCAAAGUUUACACAGUUCUCGCAUGGUCUUUCAAUUGUGAUACUGACUAUAUCAACGUUUUUUGUUGUAAUUAUAUUACUUCUUGUAUUCAAGUAUGUCAUAAGGCUAAAUCCAUUCAAACAAAUCACUUAUUAUGAUCGUGAAUCUGAUAUCGAACUAAAUUGUUCUCGAAAUUCAAUGAGCACAACUAGCAAUAUUGCAUUUAAUCAAUUCAAAGAAAUGAAAGAGAACUGCCAUUUGAGUAGUAGUAACCUGUACAUUGAUCAUUUGGAUAAAAUGAAAAACAUAAAGAAAUGAUUAUUCGUAAAGAAACCAACUCACUGUAUUCAUUGAAUAUACAGAUUUAAAUCACAUUAACUUUCACAACUAAAAUGAAUCGGCUACAAUAUAUAUAUAUAUAUAUAUAUAUA